AUGGCACCGAAACACCCCCUUGAGCAGGGUGGACUGCCGACGGGAGGUCCCGCGAAGAAGGCCAAACUAGGCAACGACGAAGAUGUGGAAAUGCCUGACGCCGAAGAUGAAGUGCUCCGGACACCAGGCGCCGGGCUCUUCGACCCUUCCGUAGACCCCGAGGCUCUUGACCCAAUCCCAUGGCUCGAUGAAUAUGAGGAAUUCUCCACAGACCCAACGACCUCAACGGACCCUCCAUUCCCAACAGACUAUGCUGACGUGCCAGAUGAGCCCGAUCCAGCGAUGACUCUCGAGGACAUCGACUACACAGAUCCUAAUCUUCCAUUCGAUAUUCCAUUUGUUGAACACUCUAAAGACGAGAGUGCCGAUCAGAACAGUCCAAUCCCUGGCAGCUCACCGCCCACUGUAUCAGGGGCAGCAGAGGUCAUCAGCAAAAUCAAAAGAUCAGUCUCAUGGAUGUCAAAGAGUGGUCAAAUAAAUCCCUUCGACCUCAAAAUAUAUAUACCUUUUUACAAAGAGAGCGAACCAGAUAAAGACAUGCUCUUGAAGAAAUUCAAACGCGUGGACAACCUGGACAAAGAGACACACGGGAACGCUGAGCAAGGAUGGAUAGGCGUCAACGAAGCUCUUGGAGAAGGUGGCCAAGGGUGUGCUCGUCUCUUCGUCAAACUCGACAAAGAAGGCAAAAUCGUCGACCGAAUUGCAGUCAAAGAGACAUACGAAAGUGCCGCAACGUGGCUCAGCACUGGUUUCUGGCAUGAAUACAGAGAGGGGAAAGAUCCUCGAGAGGCGAUGAUCCAUCGCUUGUUGAGUCUAGAGACCGAACAGAAGUGGGAGCGCCAUAUCAUCGACUACAGAGGUCACUCCAUAAAUCAUAAGAACAAGAGUCACAGAACUUACAUGGAAUACGUUGAUGGAGGCGACCUCCAUAAAUUGUUCAGAGCACAGAACAAAAAGUACACUCACAUCAACAAGCAUGACGGAGAUGGGACUCCCAGGAGGGAUACGGAUGGGGCUGAAGGUGUCCCCGAAGCAUUUGUCUGGUACUUUUUGAGACAGAUGGCUACCGCAAUGCAUCGAAUGAACAAUAUUCCUCUACGAGCAUACAGAGAGUAUCACGUGGUUCAUCAAGAUAUCAAGCCGGCGAACAUCUUCCUAGGUCGCUGUGACCCCAACGAAUUCCCACUUUACCCCAUCAUGAAGGCAAGUAGAAGCUGUGUCUACGUGUAA